AUGGCUCCAGGAGGACCAGCAGCCGGACGUGGCAGAGGUGGGAAAUUCAAGAAGUUCACUCGUGGAGGUGGUAAACACUUCUCUCGUGAUCUUCGACCUCUCGACGCCAAUGGAAACGAAAUCCGCGAAAAGAAUGCCGAUGAUUCAUCCUCAGAAGAAGAAGAGGAAUCGGAGGAGGAAUCUUCUGAAGAAGAGGAAGAGGAAAAGCAAGAGAUGACCCGUGAACAACGUCGCGCCGCUGCCAAAGCAAAGAAAGAAGCUGCUAUCAAGAAGAAGAACCAAAAAGUCGCACAAGUUGGUGAUCUUCCAACCGAUAGCGAAGAAGAGAGUGAGGAUGAUGACAUGCCCGCCAAUCCCAAUCAUAGCAAGGCCGCUAGAGACCAAGCAAAGGCACCUCCAAAAUCUAUUGAUGAAGUUGCCGAUGACGUUGCAAAGAUGAGCGUCAGCAAGGAACCUCAAGAGUUGAGUCGCAAGGAAAGAGAGGCAAUUGAGGCUCAAAAGAAGAGAGAAGCAUACCAAAGAUUACAUCUUGCUGGAAAGACUGACGAAGCUCAAGCCGAUCUCGCAAGAUUGGCAAAGGUCAGAGAGGAGAGACGCUUGGCAGCAGAACGCAAGGCUGCCGAAGAAGAAGAGCGUAAGGAACAGGAGCAAGCAAAGUCAGAGCAAUUGGCGAGGGAACAAAAGAGAAGAGAGGAUGCCAUGGGACCUGCAGCUAAAGGAAAGAAGGGAAAGAAAUGA